UACCCAGCUCUACAAGUUGUUUGACAACUUGUCAAUAAUGGGCAAAAAUCACUGAUUGACGUUGACACAGGCUGGGGUUGACAUUUGACAUAACAGCUUUGUUUGUGAUAAUUGUGAUUGUGAUAGAUGUCAUACUCUGGUAUUUGAUUUCCCAAAUUAUUAAACAUGAAGAAAAAGGUGCUUUUAAUGGGUAAAAGUGGAUCUGGCAAGACCAGCAUGAGAUCCAUAAUUUUUGCAAACUACAUCGCCAGAGACACAAGACGAUUGGGGGCGACAAUUGAUGUGGAGCAUUCUCAUGUUCGGUUUUUGGGUAAUCUUGUCCUGAACUUGUGGGACUGUGGAGGGCAAGAGGCAUUCAUGGAGAACUAUUUUGCUUCCCAAAGGGACAACAUAUUUCGCAAUGUUGAGGUGCUGAUCUACGUGUUCGAUGUCGAAAGUAGAGAGUUAGAAAGAGAUAUGCAUUAUUAUCAGUCUUGUUUAGAAGCACUCCUACAAAACUCACCAGAAGCGAGGAUAUUCUGUCUUGUUCACAAAAUGGAUCUUGUGGCUGAGGAACAGAGAGACAUUAUUUUCAAAGAAAGGGAAGCAGAUCUGAAAAGGCUUUCUCUACCUUUAGAAUGUACUUGUUUUAGGACUUCAAUAUGGGAUGAAACCUUGUAUCGUGCUUGGUCUAGCAUAGUUUAUAUGUUAAUUCCUAAUGUUAAAGAAUUAGAAAGUAGCUUACAGAAAUUCGCUAACAUUGUAGAUGCUGAUGAAGUACUAUUAUUUGAAAAAGCAACAUUUUUAGUAAUAUCCCAUUGUCAAAGAAAGCAUCACAGGGAUGUGCAUAGGUUUGAAAAAGUAUCAAACAUCAUCAAGCAAUUUAAAUUAUCUUGUUCCAAAUUAGCUGCACAGUUCCAAAGUAUGGAAGUCAGAAAUUCAGCAUUUGCUGCUUAUAUUGAUAUGUUUACUAGUAAUACCUAUGUAAUGGUGUGCAUGUCAGACCCACUGAUUCCUUCAGAGGUUACAUUGAUAAAUAUUAGAAAUGCAAGAAAACAUUUUGAGAAAUUAGAAAAAGUAUCAAGCUCAUCCAUGAGGCAAUAG